GGGAGGGCUGAGCUCUGCGACGGCCCUGGUCCCGCCCCCUUCCCCGGGCUCUUUUGCCUCGCCCUCCUUCCAGAGCUUCUGUCUUCCCGGCCAACAGGCACCCUGGAGGUGACUACACUGUCCCCCACCGUCGCCCGCGCAGUGACCCCGCGCGCAGCCGCCGACCGACCCCUUCCUUUCUCCUCUCGCAGGCGCCACCAGGCAGCCCCGACCCCUGACCGUUCUCUUCAGGGCCCAGCCUCUCCCCGGCUGGGGCCUGACCCCCACCUAAUCUCCGGGCCUUGGUCAACCCAUGUGGGCUGGGACAGCCGCUCGGCUCAUCCCGCCGCAGCUCAAGUUGCGAAGUCCCGGGUCCGGCGGGUCCCCUCCAGCCCCGCCCGCCAGCCCUGCGCCGCAGCCGGGGUCCACCGGGCUGGCCCUCCCCGCUCGGCUCCCGCAGCGCGCGGAAGUGGGAGCGCCUCACCUGCGCGGCCCCUCACCCCCCACCCCCUGGCAGGUGCCGCCCGCGGUCCGCCCCGUCCCGCCCCCGCUCGGCGCCCGUCCGCCCCGCCCCGCGCGCACUGGGCAUGCUCAAAGCCGGGUCACGCGCCGCGCGCCCGAGGCCCGUGCGCACUCUGCCCGUGGCCGCCCGGACCCGGCUGCCCGGCGCGCUGCCAUGGAGCGCAUCGAGGGCGCGGCCGUGGGCCGCUGCGCAGCCUCGCCCUACCUGCGGCCUCUCACGCUGCACUACCGCCAGCCCCCACGGUCCACCCUCCACUUGCUGACAGGAUACGUCUCUUUGCAGCUACUUGAGAAUGGCACUCAGAAGUCGUGGGACUUCAUGAAGACACAUGACAGUGUGGCCAUUCUCAUGUUCAACUCUUCCCAGCAGAGCCUGGUGUUGGUGAAGCAGUUCCGGCCAGGUCUGGCGUGGGACUGACCGGCUCCAGCCAGACCAUGUUCUACGCAGAGGUGACCGAUUCCCAGCGGAGCGGCCCGGGCGGGGGCCUGGCAGAGGAGGGCGAACUCAUCCAAGUGGUGCAUCUGCCGCUGGAUGGGGCCCAGGC